AUGGAUGAUCACUCACUCAACUCUGGCUCACUCCAACCUGCCAGAGCUGGGUUUGAGAGAUCAGCGCAUGAGCCCACCGACACGCACCCACGAGAAACACCGCGAAGAGCCAGACCACCUCCGUUGAGAGCUUUAUAUCAUCAGACUCAACAGUCUCUUCCACGUUUGGAUGCACCAAACCAGCCCAUCGGCCAACAUCCAAGAUUUUUGAUUGCACACGCUUCUCAAAGGAGCGGGAAUGGUUCCGAGACCUUGCCUCGACAAACAACACAUGUGAGAGCCUUCUCGCAGCCGCAAUCCCCGACAUAUUGUGCAAGUCCAACCGGCGCAUUGACCCCUCGCAUUUCAAUCACAACCGAUGAUCUAUUUGGGGAAACUCCCCUCUCAUCACCAAGCCAUAUUCCUGACAUUCCACCAUUUCCGCCAUCAUUUCAGAAUCCCCCGCUGCCCCAGCAUGAUCACUAUCUACGAUCUGCCGAUCUUAUUGCACCUCUCAGCACUCACCGCAGUCUGAAGCCUCACAGCCCCGCCGUCUCAGAGACUAUCCCCAACAAUCGUUAUACUAUGGGAUCUAUCGCUUCGAGCCAGGCUAUCCCCAGCAAUCGUUAUACUUUAGGAUCUAUUGCUUCGAGCCAGGCUAUCCCCAACAAUCGUCAGACUUUAGGAUCUAUUGCUUCGAGCCAGGCUAUUCCCAACAAUCGUCAGACUCUAGGAUCUAUCGCCUCGAGCCAGGCUAUCCCCAAUAAUCGUCAGACUCUAGGAUCUCUCGCUUCGAGCCAGGCUAUCCCCUCCAGCUGGGAAUUUGAACCAGCAGAAUCCGGCAUCUUCGGAGCCAAUUUGGAUGCCGAAUGGGAAGGAAACCAAUAUGCCCUGCAAAAUGACAGAACAUUUAGAAGAAGCACUAUUUUUGGGAAGAAAAACAACCCAGCGAUGCGCACGAAUUCCAAGUCCAAUCUCAUCUCUUCAGAAUCAAGUCCAACCAUAAUACCACCGCCACUCGCCAUUUUGAGAUCAAACCAGCACUCAAGAGAUUCCAUUGACUUUUAUUCAAAAAGUCAAUCUCGGAGGGGUUCUGCUUCCACCACAGGGAGCGAGUCUGUCAAGAGUAUAGAUCCCGAAAAAUCGCAUAUCGUGCACCAAUUUUCCCACCACAAUGAGCAGCUGGAUUUGGAAUGUUUGGAAAAAGAGCCAGAGGCGCUGCCCCAAUCUGUGCCGACUAGUAGCCUCAAAAAAUUCAAUUGCAGCAAGCCUCUUUCUCCGGAUAUAGGGGCCAUCCGCGAUACAGAGCCUCGUAUCAGUCACGCGAGCUUGAGUAGUCUGAUACGACGUGCUGUUAAAAUGGCUACGAGCCCUAGGAUGGCUUCGAUCCCAGAUGAAAGCCGAGCUAACAGCCGAGCUGAUCUUCUCGGAAAUCACUGCAACGACUCUGUGUCCGAGAUCAUUGAUUCGUUCCCUACACCUGGUUUAUCAACUCAAAAUGAAAAUAAACACUGGACUGCUUUAUUCGGACGCUCCAAUCUACGCUUUGUCGAAAAUAUCAAUACCGAAGAGAAGACACCACAUGCCACUUCCCCUACGACUCACUACCGCAGCUUGCGACGUUGCUGUGGCCUUUCCCCGACCAUGUUUACGAUUCUAUGCAUCGUGAUCGUUCUCGUCAUUCUUUCUGCCAUUCUCCUUCCUGUUCUUCUUAUUCAUCAUUCAAAGGCCCUGUCGUCUUCUUGUGCCAAAACCACGCCCUGCUAUAACGGAGGAGUCAGCGUGUCAAUCGGUAGCAGCUGCUCCUGUGUCUGUGGCAACGGAUUCACAGGCUCGAACUGUACCACCAACGGAGACAGCAAUUGCAUUACAUCCGACGUCACCUCAAAUAACAACGCGACUAUGGGUUCCUCACUCCAGACCCUGUUCGCGGAUUCAGCAACAAAAUUCAGCAUCAACCUUGAACCUGAUACCAUUCUGGCUUUGUUCAGCUCAAACAACGCAUCUUGUACAACGGAGAAUGCGCUCGUUUCUUUCAGCGGGGUUCCAACUAGUAGUGGCACCGGGGAUACCUUCACUACUCGAUCCGCAGCCACCAAGAAUGGAAUUCUAUACGAUGACUCAAACGCUAGCAAGACCGCAGCCAAAGCUUCCAGGGAGAAUGAUACAAUCGUUCCAUCUAAGGUACUAGAAUUCUCAAAGGUCGCUGUGCUCUAUAUUCUUGAACAGACAGGCUCGUUCACCAAUGCCGACUAUACGAGGCGAGCCAUUUUUUCAUAUAUGGUUCACGAUUACAACAGCACAGUACACAACUCGAUGCAGGUUCUGGGAAAUUAUGAACUGGACUUUGAAAACGAAUCCAUCACUUUACCCAAUGGGACUAUGAUAGGAGGAUAA